ACCGGCCGACCGGCAUUCUCGUUGCAUCAGCUGUCACCCAGACCGCCAAUUCAAACCGGAUAACCUUUUGAAAUUCACAAACUAAGGGAUUUAUAUCCGGAAAGAGGUUCGGAUCUAUGUAUAUGGCAGGGUAAGCCGAUUUAUCUGUGCUUUUUGACAUUCUAAAACACCGGAGUAUUGUUGGGACAUUCUUCCAGCUCAUCACUAUGACCCGGAGAUCUGAAUGCCGCUAGUGAAUCGUGGAAAUUGGCCGAUCCAUUUUGAACCUUACUCCAAAACAUAUCAAACUCAUUGUUGAAGUAAAUAGGCUCCCGUGGAAUAGCUAACUCUUGGGCGAAUUUGGAAGCUUAUCUCGGUGCACAUCUGUCACGCAUCUAGACUGAAAACGGUUGGGUUACCAGCUACAGGCUCACGCUCCCCGUACAGAGACGCUACGUGACAUUGUCAGGAGUUCAGCCCUUGUGAAAUGCAUCAGCGUGGCUCUUUCGUUUCUCCGUUGCUCAGCGGAGUUUUCUGCCAGUGCCGCUCGGAGUAUCAGGGCUCGGAUCCCGGAGGUGGUGGCCGGACUGUGGGCUCCACACUGGCCGCAACAUCACUCUCAGACCACGGAUAUGAUGAGUCCUGCGACUCCCCGCAUCAUUGCCCGUGCCCGGUGUGCGGGGGACCCGAGCAGGAGCACCGACUCAAGGUGCUCUUCCAGAUCCUGGAUGUUAACAGAGACGGAGGAAUUUGUGUGAACGACCUGACCAUCGGACUGAAAAAGUUGGGCGUCCAUCGCACUGAACAUGAACUUAUGAAAAUCGUCAAGGCUGGAGACAAAGACUUGGAUGGCCAGUUGGACUUUGAGGAGUUUGUGCACUACCUGAGGGACCAUGAGAAGAAACUGAGGCUGGUUUUCAAGAGUCUUGACAGAAAGAACGAUGGUCGCAUAGACUCACAGGAGAUCAUGCAGUCACUAAGAGACCUUGGGGUUCAUAUAUCUGAGGAACAGGCCGAAAAGAUCCUCAAGAGAAUAAGGAGGGGUAAUAUAUGUGCCCCUAUAAUGUAUAUGGAUAAAAACGGUACGAUGACGAUUGACUGGAAUGAGUGGAGAGAUUACCACCUGCUUCACCCUGCUGAGAACAUUCCUGAAAUCAUCCUCUACUGGAAACACUCCACGAUAUUUGAUGUAGGGGAAAGUAUGAUAGUCCCUGAUGAGUUUACAGCAGAGGAGAAGAAAAUGGGCAUGUUGUGGCGACACCUGGUAGCAGGAGCUGGAGCAGGUGCUGUGUCCCGUACCUGUACCGCACCGCUAGACCGCCUAAAAGUUCUCAUGCAGGUUCACUCGACCCGCAGCAAUUCCAUGGGUAUCGCCGGAGGAUUCGCCCAAAUGAUCCGUGAGGGUGGAAUCCGGUCACUGUGGCGAGGGAACGGUAUCAACGUUUUGAAGAUUGCACCUGAGUCUGCUAUCAAAUUCAUGGCAUAUGAGCAGAUUAAGCGGCUGAUUGGCAGUAAUCAGGAGACUUUGGGGAUCCUGGAGAGGCUGGUUGCUGGGUCUCUAGCAGGAGCAAUUGCCCAGAGCAGCAUCUACCCCAUGGAAGUUUUAAAGACUCGUCUUGCCCUGGGAAGGACGGGUCAGUACUCUGGUAUCGCGGGCUGUGCUAAAUAUAUAUUUAGGAAGGAGGGUCUCGCAGCCUUCUACAAGGGUUAUGUUCCCAAUAUGCUGGGUAUCAUUCCUUAUGCUGGAAUAGACCUGGCUGUUUAUGAGACACUAAAGAACUCGUGGCUGCAGAGGUUUGCUACGGACAGUGCCAAUCCGGGUGUGUUUGUGCUGCUAGCCUGUGGUACAAUGUCUAGCACUUGUGGACAGUUAGCGAGCUACCCAUUAGCCUUAGUAAGGACACGUAUGCAGGGCCAAGCGGCUUCUCAGGAAGGCAGCCCUCAGAUGACCAUGACUGGUCUCUUCAGACACAUUGUACGGACAGAGGGUGCAAUUGGACUCUAUAGAGGCUUGGCGCCCAACUUUAUGAAGGUCAUCCCUGCUGUGAGCAUCAGCUAUGUGGUUUAUGAGAACCUAAAGAUCACCCUUGGCGUCCAAUCCCGGUGAGGGGAAACCAAAGAGUGUUAAAUCCUUAAUGGCUUUUGUUUUUCCUCUCAAACUUUCUUUUGGACCAGUGAAAGAGAUCGUCCAAGAGGGCCGGAUUGCACUCAAAGGGAAGUGUAGCAACACUUGGCCAAGAAAGAGCUUGCUUGAUGGGAAGAAGAAACCUUUGCGUCAAAGACCUAACGUUUGAAUUUGAUCUGUGAAUGUAAGAGCAACUGGAAUAUACAGUAUUAGAACAGGACAAAAAAAUGCAAUCCUAGCUGCAAGUAAAAUGUGAGCACCUCAAAAUGGCAUCUAUAUUGGAUCCCAACACUCCCUUAUUUCAAUCCUGAGUUUAUGUGAGGUAACCAGGUUGUGGUAGUUAUAUUUUAGCAGGGACAAGAAUUUGCAAGAUAUGCUUUUUGGAAAGGAAGGGCCCGACACCUGAUGGAUUCAAAGAGCCAGAUUUACUAAAGCAUUUAGUAUAUGCAACUUUUCUCUAAGAAAAUAACACUUUAUCCAUUAAUUUAUUCAUUUAAACUGCACAACUGGAAAUGAAUGUGCUAAAGGCUUUGGCAGAUACUGACGCAGCCCUUUCGGAUCACUGACUCAUUCUUCCACUGGAUGGCAGUGUUGUGUAAUAAAGGGCUGGCAGGGCAAGGCUCCCACUUUUCCAGAUGCACCUCAUUGAUCCAGAUCUAAGGGGUGGGGAGAUUGUUAGGGAUCAGGGGGCAGAGAUGGGCAGGUUUAGGUAUAUGUAAGGUGGGAUUUUCAGUCACAAUUUCUUAUAAGAUCAGAUCACCCACAUGCUUGCAUUUCGCUCACAUCAUUUAUUACUUGUAUUAUUGUUAACUGACAUGCCAGUUAUGACAUCUUAAAUGUUACGUAAGUGUAACAAGAGAAUUAUUCUUAUUCAUCAAAUGGUCCAAAUAAUAUUGUUGAGGGCUUCUCAUUGUGUGUUUUUUUUUUUUAAAUGUUUACAAUAUUCAUUGAAAGUUACUAUAAAAAAGGAUUCCAUGAAGUCAAGAAUACUAGACAUGUGCACACACUCCUAAUGGCGAUUGGCAGCUAAUCAAGCGUUAAGAAAAAAGUUUCAACACUGGGUCAGUUUGAGAAUAAAAUGACCUGGGUUUGAGAAUUCAGCACCAGCUUAAAUGUGUUGGGUUGAGUUCUAUGUCUUGGUAAACACUGUAUGGUCUAAAGUUGGAGAAAGCAAUGCUACUAUUUGAUUUGUUUUUACAUUAAAACAAUCCUGGGUAAUUAACUGAUAAAUGAUUUGCUCAACUGAAGUGUAAAUAUAACUUCUCACCAGUAUUAGUUUGUUAACAUUUCAAACAGGACUACAACACUCUAGUCAAGGAACAUAUUUAAGCACUUUAUUUUAAUAAAAAAUAAAAUGGACUUGAAUUUUUAGGAGGAUUUAUAAUGGAAUGAUAUUCAGUAGUUGUAGUGAUUUAAGUAAAUAUAUCAUUUCCAGCAUUUAUGUUUAAUGUUUGAAUCAGGUGGGGUGGGGUUAAGUUUUUGUAAAGAAAACACUAGCAUUAAAAGAGGUUUAAGUUAGGAUUUGUUUUGUAAAAUGUAGUUGCUAAUGACUACUCUGCAGCCAGUUGGCGAAUAUCUUGUAUAUUUGAAUAUAACAUUUGUCAGGAUAGGAUUUCAAAUUUGCAUAUUUUUUUUAUUUAAAAAAAAAAAGUUGCAUUUAAAGUUGCACUUAAAGCUAUUGCAUAUGAAGCCCCAAAUCCCUCCAGUUCAAUGGGUUUUUGCCCUUUGUUGUUCUAUAAAACUUUAGUAUAUAGUUGCCUUCAUUAUAAAUAAAUAAGCUGCUUUUAGACUCUCGGGGGUAACGUAGGAUGAUGAUGUUAAUGACUGAAAUAUUUUUGUAGUGAUUUGAUUCUCAGGGAGGAUUUAGUGGUCUCCAAUGCUCCUGUGCAGAUGUGCCUCCUGAGUCUCGUCUCCACUGGGCUCUGGAACUGAUAUCUGCAUAUAAACAUGUAUAACUUGUAUGACUGAGUUUGUGCAGGCCUAACAUUUAGCCUUUUUCAAGCUUCAAUACAUGACUUUGAUCGGUGAAAAAAAAGCAAAUACCCGAUGGUAGUUGAACUGAACUCGGCUGUGGCCCAAUUCCCUUUGAAUCAAUUCAAUCUUUGUAAUGCAUGCAUGUAUCUGUGUCUUGUCUGAAUAUGCACAAAUUGCACUGUGGAGUCUUUACAGGCUUUAAAAGCUGUAUUUGAGCCUGCUCAUAAUGAAUGCAGCUUUCUGUUUUUUUGUUUGUUUUGCAUUUUGCACCUUUUACAGGAGAAGUCUUUGGACUGCUCCUGAACUAGUGGGCUAGACCCAUUUGUGUGGUAGUCCUGAGACUAAAGGCUUUAGAUUUAUGUUUGUUUUUGGCAUUCAACACGAUCAAGGAAUGUCGCUCUGAGACUCCCUGUAAUCUAUUGCCUUACCGUUCGGCUGUUUUGGUAGCCGUGUUACGGCUUCUGUGAGUUUGAAUGCACAGUGUUUUUGCCAUGUAUCAAAAUGUACUGUUGCUUGGGUCCCCUGAAUAUCAUAAACAUACAUGUUAAUGAAAUAUCCAUAUAUCUGUACUACAAAACAUAUCUGAACAUAUCUAGAUGUGAUGACACAUCUGUGAAGUUUUAUUUGAUGCUGAUAUGUGCAAAUCAAUGCAAGAAUGUUUACUGAACAAUAAAGGAAAAUAAACUGUCCUCUGUAAAAUGCAUAAACUGAAUGUAGAGCGGAAAUAUUUAUGUUUGUACAAUAAUGGUUAAAUAAAGUUGUUUUUGAUUCUGUUUAUG